UUUAAUUAUUCACACGUUGAUCUGUUUACUCACUUUUAGUAUUUCUUCUACCAUUUUAACCUAAGUUAUUACUUUCGAUUGGAGAUAGUUAGUGUGGCUGUUCUGUUUUCGAAAGUAUAUUUCUUAAUUGUUGUACAUGUAAUUCUGGUUUAUCUGCACUGAAAGAAUGUCUGAUGAAACUAAACCUUCAUGUCCAAGUAAUUCUGGUGUUUGUGAAUUGAAAGAAAUGUCUGAUGAAACUAAGCCUUCAUGUACAAGUAGUGCUGAUUUUUCUGCACCAGAAGAAAUGGCUACAAUUCCCACAAUUUAUAUCAAAUGUGAGAAAAUUGAAGAGGACUACUAUGAUUCAAGCCCUGCUUCCUCAUAUCCGCAGUCAGAGGAUUCUAGUCAAGAUAUGAAUUUCGCUGUAAAUGAAGAAGUUUUAGAUUCCCGUGACAAAUCUUCAGAUAAUGAUCCUCUGGGCGAAAAACCUAGUAAUGAGAAGAAAAAAGGAGGAGGUGCCAAAAACUAUAGAGGUGAGAAGUCUAAACAAUGUCCUCAUUGUGCCUUUAAAUCUGUCACACGCCAAGAGUUGAAUAGACACAUAAUGGCCCGCCAUACAGGUGAGAGGCCUCAUCAAUGUCCUCAUUGCGAAUACAAAUCUGUAAUAUCGCAGAAUUUGAAAAAACAUAUAAUGGCCCGCCAUACAGGUGAAAGGCCUCAUCACUGUCCUGACUGCGACAAAACAUAUAUUACAGUUCAAGACUUGGCAAGACAUAUUGCAUCUCGUCAUACAGGUGAGAAGCCUCAUCAUUGUCCUCAUUGUGAUUAUAAAUUUGUUUCACAUCAACAGUUGAGAAGACAUGUAAUGGCCCGACAUACAGGUGAGAAGCCUCAUCAAUGUCCUCAUUGUGAAUAUAGGUGUAUAACACCACUGAAUUUGAAAAAUCAUAUAAUGGCUCGUCAUACGGGGGAAAGGCCUCAUCACUGCCCUCACUGUGACCAUAAAUUUAUUGCAGCCCAUGAUUUGAAAAGACAUAUAUCAGCCCAUCAUACAGGUGAGAAGCCUCAUCCCUGUCCUCAUUGUGAUCAUAAAUCUAUUACAAGUCGUCAAUUGAAAAACCAUAUAAUGGCCCGUCAUACAGAUGAGAAGCCUUUUAAAUGUCCUCAAUGUGAUUAUAAAUCUGUUCAGUCACAGAAUGUGAAAAAACAUAUAAUGUCUUGUCACACAGGUGAGAGGCCUCACCACUGUCCAGAAUGUGAUUAUAAGUCUGUUACAUUUCAAAAUUUAAAAAGACAUAUAUCAGCUCAACAUACAGGUGAGAAGCCUCAUCACUGUUCUAAGUGUGACUACAAAUCUGUUACACUUCAACAUUUGAAAAACCAUAUAAAAGCUCAUCAUAUGGGUGAGGAACCUUUUCAUUUUCCUCAGUGUGUUAUUUCAGUAGAACCGCAAUCAUCUGAAGUACAAGGGGAAGAAGAGUCGCAUGGGUAAACGACGAUGAUGGUUAAUCAACAGACUUUUUAUUUAAAGAAUUAUACAUACGUAGAUGUUUGUACUAUGACCAAAAGAAAUAUUAACAAAAAUUUAAAUUAGGAAACAAGCUUAAUUAAUAGGGAUAAAUCAGCGAAUGAAUAAAUAUAUAACACAAUUUGGCCAUCUGAAAUCUAUCAUAUAUUAAGCUGCACCACUCUAGCUCAGACGAAAGGGCUGGUUUUCUAAUAAUAAAGCAGGGAAAGAAUGGGUUUUAUAUACAGGAAAUAUAUAAAAUUAACAAUGUAUGACGAAAAUAAAACAAAAACUAUUGGUUACUUUUAUACUAUUUUUUAUAGCAUUAUGAGGACUUGAAUUAUGAAGUAAUAACAUUACUACGAUGUUCAUCAGUUUAUAAUUAAUACUUUGUCUUUGAAAAUAUAAGAACAAGUUAAUGCAAUUACAUAAAAUGAUAGAGGAAAUACAAAAGUAUUUUAUGAUGUUGAGGAAUGUUCAUUAUGAUUUAAAUCCAAAAUUAAAAGUUAUUAUACUAAUGUGUAUAUGCUAAUAAAAUAUACACUAAUCGCCAAGCAACACAUAAGAGAGUGAACAACAAUACAUAAAUUAUAGAAUGUACUAAUAUAGAUAUGAUGUUAAAAACAAGCGAAAUAUAAAGUAUAUAUAUAAAUAAUAAAACCAG